AUGUUCUCCAACGGCCAGGCUCGCUAUACCACUCAGAUGGAGGAGCAGUACAGAAGUUCUGUGUAUCCUACCUCGGCUUCCUCCUACAACUACAACAUGUACCCGCAGAUCGAAAUGCCCCAGACAAUGUCAACGAGUGUGGGCGCAACUAUGCCACCUACUUCGGGUACAGACACGCAUGGAGCUACCCAGGUGCAAAUGGAGCAGAUGAUGUCUUCAAAUAGCGGCACCUAUCAAGGAUUGAUCCGAGACUUUGGGCACUUCCGCCAAGUCAACGAUCAGUACCUAAAAAUUCACAAUCGCCCAAGGGGUGAUUGUUCUGACUUCCCACCUGAUGCCCAUACACAGCAGCAACUAGUGAAGCUGCUAUUCGAAGCUGCACAUGAUUGCAGCCAGACAUACGAACCCGAAGGCUCACAGAGCGUCAGGCGCCUCCGGCAAGGGAAUUACGCUGACUUGGAGUUUGAGUUGGCUCUCUGGCCUUUAUUGAUGUCGACACGCGACGCACAGAUAGGACAGUGUAGGCUUCCAAACUACCUUUAUUGCAAGGAGCCCCCCUAUAACUCGUACGGAUCCUUUAUGGAGAGGUUCCAAGCAGUGUGCGACGCCCUUAGAUUGUCUAAGGAUGUCGUUAUUUCCCUCUUUAAAGAUGCUACUUUCAAACACCGUCUGGCUUGGCGCCCAAGAACGGAGCUUAACCAAAAGGCUACAAACCGAAAGCUGAACGGAGAGCGCGACGUUCAGAACGCCAUUGGGAUUCGAGUUGCUCAGGAGAACGGCAUCAAGGCAACCAAGAGCGGAGAACUUGUAGAUCGAAAUGGUCAAAUCUACGGAAGCGUUAAGAAACGUUCUACAGCUUUCGAGAACAAGAUAUCGAAUACCAAGAAGCGUGGCCGUGAUCCGAAGCGUAACAAGACUUCCGGUCAGUUAGACUCACAAAGGGACAGAAGAAAAAAAGACAGCCAGACGGGUAGCGAUACAGCGGAGAACAUAGAGACGGGAGAGAGUAACUUGCAGUUGGAUCCAAGUUAUGCCGGAUAUACUGGAUAUACGGAGGAUCUGUCGCAGGGACAUCAGGAGGCUCCAGCGGGGUAUGCUCCCAAUAACAUGAAUACCCUCCUGAUGCAGUCUACACUCUCUCCCACGGAAGAUCUAUACAGCCAAGAUCCUAACUCACUUAUAGGACCUGACGUACCCUUACCUUCUUCUCUCCAGGGCAACAGCAAUGCUUCGUCAGCCUAUACACCUUACGGAUGGCACCCCAAUCCAACACCGACCGCUGGUAACCUGGAUAUACCAAUGGACUUUAAUUUAGACAUGGGGUUACCGCAAGCCGAGACCAUGAAACCCGAUGGAUUCAGCCAGAUUCGGAAUACCGCGAAUCUGUACAAGUUCAAUCCUACGGUACCAAUGUCUUUCGGUGGCCAGCCGAAUAACGUGAUGGCUCAGGGGCAACCUGACUUGCCCGACUUCGUACCGCAGGUGGAUCCACUAGCCCAGAAUCAGUUUUAUACCCCGGGCCCUUCAGGUUAUCAUAUACAACCUUAA